ACCCAGGAAUACCUGCUGCAGAGCCAGACCUACUGUAAGAGCCCGCACGAAGCCCUGCGCUGUGAGCCUGUGAGCUUCAUGGGGCUGGUCAGAUGGCAGAUGUGUGACGAGAAGAUGGAGGGCAUCAAAGGGGAAGACACCCCAGCCCCAAAGGAGACAGCACACCGGAGAAAGCAGGGGGACAGAUGCUCUUCCCAGGGGCACCCUCCCACCCGGCCACACAGCACCGGCUGCUCUCCUGGGCUGCAGAAAGGGGGCAGGAGAAGCCCAACCCAGAGUGAAGCUGAUUCUUAAAUUGGAAUGGAAGCCUUCCCACCCCGCUCCAAGAGACCUCCCAAAAGAUAUGGGAUGGUACCGGAGGCCGUGCCUCUUGGCUGGAGAGUCCCUGAGGGACAGAAGAACCUGAUGGCCUUGGCGAUGCAGCCGCCCCUUCGCUGUCACCCUGACGCCCACUCGGUCCCGGGUGCUGAGGGGAGGCCGCGAGCGGCAGCCGGCCGGCCGGUCGACGAGGAAGUGUCCAGCGAUUCCGAGCCGGAGAUCCCGUCGCUGGGGCGGCGACGGCGGGAGGUGGCGGAGGAUGAAGUGGAGGAGACGCCACAAGAGAAGAAGCUGCGUCUGGCCAAGCAGUACCUGGAGGAGCUCCGCCAGUACGAGGAGGAGCGGGCAGCAGAGGAGGAGGAGGAGGCCCGGCCGGGGGAUCUCAUCGGGGACCGGCUGAAGGAGGACGUGCUCGAACAGAAGGGCCGGCUGCAGCGCCUGGUCGCCAAAGAGGUGCAGCCUCCAGACCCAAGCAGCAUCCGCGAGCUGCGGGGACAUCGGCUGCCUGUCACCUGUCUGGUCAUCUCUCCAGAUGACAAGUUCAUCUUUUCUGCUUCCAAGGAUGGCUCCCUUAUCAAAUGGGAAGUAGACUCUGGGAAGAAGCUGUGUGUGGUGCCUGGAGGGAAGAAGGGCACUGAGGAACAGAACAUGGGGCAUGCAUCCCAUGUCCUCUGCAUGGCCAUUUCAUCAGAUGGCAAGUACCUGGCUACAGGAGACAGGAACAAGCUGAUCAUGAUCUGGGAUGCAGCCACGUGCAAGCGCCUGCACAUCUUCACUGGGCACCGCGAUGCUGUUUCGGGCCUGUCCUUCCAGAAGGGCACCCACCAGCUGUACAGUGCCUCUCAUGACCGCUGCGUCAAGGUCUGGAAUGUGGCAGAGAACGCGUACAUGGAGACCCUGUUUGGGCACCAAGACAUCAUCACGGGGCUGGACAGCCUGAGCCGGGAGUGCUGUGUGACCUCGGGGGGACGGGAUGGCACCGUGCGGCUCUGGAAGAUCCCUGAGGAGUCGCAGCUCGUGUUUUGUGGGCACCAGGGCUCCAUCGACUGUAUCCAGCUCAUCAACGAGGAGCACAUGGUGUCAGGUGCUGAUGAUGGGUCUGUAGCCCUGUGGGGGCUGACAAAGAAGAAGCCUCUGGCGCUGGCCCGGCACGCGCAUGGCAUGCAGGAGGCCCAGGGCCUCCAGCAGCCAUACUGGAUCUCGGCGGUGGCCCCCCUGCGCAACAGUGACCUCCUGGCUACAGGCUCCCACAGUGGCAGCGUGAAGCUCUGGAAGUGUGGUGAGGGAUUUCGGAAGCUGGAGCCCCUCUGUGACAUCCCUUUGGUGGGUUUUGUCAACAGCCUCAAGUUCUCAGCAGCUGGUGACUUUCUGGUGGCUGGCCUCGGGCAGGAGCACCGGCUUGGACGGUGGUGGAGAAUCAAAGAAGCCAAGAACAGCAUCUGCAUCAUCCCCCUGAAGCAGAGGGCCACAGCCCCCAGCCCUGCCAUCCCUGACAGCUCCUAGCCCCUGGCCCUGGCCCAGAUGGAGAUGGGUCAUUAAACCCCUGUCCUGGAGCUGUGCCCCACGUUAUUUGUGUUGCUUGCUUCUGGGGCCAACAGGACAUGGUCUGGGGGUGUUUUGUACCCCCUGACCCUGCUGGCCCUGGGUCAUUAAACCCCUGUCCCUGGAGCUGUGCCCCACAUCCUUUGUGCAUCCACACUCCUGGGGACAGGGUCUGGGGGUGUUGUGUGCCUCCCUGACCCUGCUGGCCUCCAAAUUGUGACAUGGCUCUGCCUUCUCCAAGGGAGUGCCCAUUUCCCUUAUGUUCAGAUGGACUGGACCUGUGGAAGACCCCAUUUGUAAAAAAAACAGAAUCCAAACCACUUUAUUUACAUAAAUUA